UCUAGCCCUCAUCUUCCUCUACCAUCGAUCACCUCAAGCCAACUUGCCUUGAACUGUCAGAAUGCGGCUUGUCCUUUUCGAAGCGUCCCGCUUGUCUCAAUAAAUCAGAUUUACUUCCUUCGAACUCACGAUACAAUAAUUUCAUCGAGUCCCUCGUCACCCACCCUUACCUUACUCCUCACGAUCGUGACUUCGCUCGCACCUCACCCUAACCGUCAAAAAGCGAAGACGACAAGCUUCAUCAUGUCAGUUUGGAACCCAGAUAACAUCCGCGACGUGGCCGAGUCGGUCGGCAUCGUCAAUCUCAGCAACGACGUGACAGAGAACCUCGCGCGCGACGUCGAAUACCGCAUCGCACAGGUCCUCGAAGAGGCUCUCAAAUUCAUGCGACACAGUCGCCGGACCCUGCUUACCACGCAGGAUGUUGCGCAGGCCCUGCGAGUUCUGGACCCGUUGUUCUACGUCGAGGAUGAGGAGGUGGAUUUUGAGAAAUUGAUUAAUGCGCCGUUGCCCAAGGUGCCGAGGGAGAUUUCUUUUACUGCUCAUUGGUUGGCCGUUGAAGGUGUGCAGCCGUCCAUUCCGCAGAAUCCUACUGCUGCCGACUCGAGAAACCUCGAAUUGACCGCCAAGGGGCCCAAUGCCAACUCGACGUUGGCGGCGAUGAGCGGCACUGGGAACGUGGCCGUCAAGCCGCUGGUCAAACAUGUGCUGUCCAAGGAACUUCAGCUCUACUUUGAGAAAGUCUGCAACGCUUUCCUGGAUGAGUCAAGCGAAGAAUACCGGACGUCGGGCUAUGCCAGUCUGCGCGAGGAUCCGGGGCUGCAUCAGCUUGUGCCGUACUUUGUACAGUUCAUCUCAGAAAAGGUGACGCACGGACUCAAGGAUAUUUUUGUGCUGACGCAGGUCAUGCACAUGGCAGAGGCCCUGGUGCAGAACAAAUCGCUCUAUGUGGAUCCUUAUAUUGCAUCCCUUGUUCCUCCCAUUCUGACCUGCCUGAUCGGCAGACAGCUCGGCGGCAAUGCAGACUUGUCAGAACAGUUUGCUCUGCGCGACCUGGCCGCUUCUCUCCUCGGCCUCAUCUCCAAGAAAUACUCUCACUCAUCGCAUACACUUACACCUCGACUCGCCCGCUCCUGUCUCAAGACUUUCCUUGAUCCGUCAAAACCAUUCGGAGCGCAUUAUGGUGCUAUCAUUGGCUUGAAUGCCGUCGGUGGCACCGAAGCUGUUCGAGUCUUGAUAGUUCCCAAUCUAUCAACUUACGCAAGCCUUCUCGCGGACGGCAUGGCAGAAGACAACCCUCGACGACCGGAGGCCGAAAAGGUGCUGGGCGCCCUGUUGGCCGUCCUCUCCACCUUGCGGGAGGGCCGUAAAAAUCUGGCCAAUGGGCACGGUGCCAUUGUGACCAACGAGCUCCGCGAGCGACUAAACGCCAAAGUGGGGGACAUCGUCGCAAGCAGGAUCGCGGAUGCGGGAGAGGUGCAGAUGGCCUAUGCUAUUCUCGAAGCUUGAGGCAUUUUUCCGGUUGCCAACUUUGGCUUCCUUUUGUAUCUCUGCCUUUCCUCUCUUGUCCAUCUCUUUUCUUUUGAGUCAUUAAUAUUGCACCUGUGCCUUGCAUCUUGGCGGCGGGAAGGAUUUCAUUGGGGCUUUUGGCGUUUCGUGGCGUAUGAAGUGGGAAACAUCUGUGGUUAUUCCUCGCUUGAUCUUCUGAAGUGAGAAUAGGGAAAUUAUUCAGAGCGCAAUGUAAUUGUCUACAGCUCUGUCUUCUGUAUUAUCGAUCAAAGACCCAAGGAAUCAUCCAUGCAAAGCUCUAGGAAGAGAGGGAGCUCUGGUAUAUGUUGAUCAGCCUGGAGACUGGCGACGUCAUCACGUCAACUGGCCCACCGCCUACCAGAAUCAGCAUAGAACCCUUGUGUCGCGCGACAGUCUGUGGGGGUGCCUCAGGC